AUGUGUAUAGAUUGUGUGUUAAAAGAUGAUCAACCCGUGAAUAUAUCUGCUAACGAUUAUCGUUAUAUAGUCAAAUUAACGAUGGCUUCUUUAGGCAGUGAUAUGGUAAGCCCUGGACGUACCACUUUGUUUAUUCAAUAUAAAAAUGGAAGUCAUAUCCCACUAUGUCAUUUAACUCCAGGGAUUUGUGAACAACAAUCAUUAGAUACUGCUUUCGUGGACAAAGUUUUGGGUGGAAAAAUAUCACGUGAAAAAUCACAGUUAAAAGAUUUUGUAUUAGAAAAUGAUCAACCUCUGAAUGUAUCUCUUGAGUAUGAUUAUGAAGUCAAAUUAACGAUGGCUUCGUUAGGCAGUGAUAUGGUAAGUCCCGGACGUACUACUUUGUUUAUUCAACAUAACAAUGGAAGACAUAUCCCACUAUGUCAUUUAACUCCAGGGAUUUCAUUUUUUAUAAAGUGUGAACAACAAUCGUUGGAUACUACUUUUCAUGGAUCUAACUGCACUGUCACUUUCUAUAAAAGAGGAAGAAAUACGGUGUACUUGACCGGUUAUUCAAAAUACAAGCCGUAA